AUGUUGUUGUUAAUCUUUAUACUUUUAUCUCUUUACUUUUUAUCAAUUGGCUUCACGGAAUUAAUUACUCCGCCAUUAAUAACAUUAAUAAAAAGUCGUAAAACAUCACCACCACGACCUAUUGUCGAUUAUAAAAAAAGUAAUAUACCAUACGAAUCUACCAACAAUAAAAUUAAUCCUAAUAUAAAUGUUCCUGACGAAUGCCUAUUUGAAUAUAAUAUUUCAGUCGUUAAUAAUGUUCCAGUCGUUAAUAAUGUUCCAGUUAUUAAUAUUCCAGUUGUUAAAAUUUCUACUAAACGUGAGAUUAUCAGUCCAAAUAAUAAUGAUAAGAAGAAAUUAUCUCCUUCUCCUGAUACUCCUUCGAGAUUUAUUACCACGAGGGAAGGUGUACAAUAUAGAUUAAAACUUAUGGAUACUCAUCAUAAGGCGUUACGAGUUCAACAAAGGUAUAAUCGACCAACGAUUAGUUCACCUCUCGCACCCACCAGAAUGGCAGAAGUUAAUAAAUACAAUUCAAUAAAAGUGAUAUCCAAACGAUACCUGUCUGAUGCACAAACAGAAUGUAAUAUUCUUUAA